UAUAUAUAUAUAUAUAUAUAUAUAUAUAUAUGAAAUUUUGAAGCCUAUAAUUAGAUAUAGGAAUUUUUAUAAGUGUAGAAAGUGAUAAAGAGGAAAGUCAAUUAUUGAAUUAUAUUUAAAUUUCCCGCCAUAUUAAGUAAACGGAUGUUUUUUAGUACAGUCUACAAGAGGCUUUAGAUUAUCAAUUGGCUUGUUUCAUAUCAUUUGGUUUAUUUAAACAUGUCUACCAAAACGUGGAGAGCCAUAAAAUUUAAGAAUACGGCUUUGAAUAGCCUACCAUUCGAUAAAUCAAAAGAAUAUAGAACUCAUAGACAAGUUAAAGGCUUCUGCUACACUAAGGCUGACAUCACGCGUGUCAAAGAUCCUCAGCUUGUAGCAGUUUCUCCAAACGCACUGAAAACUCUCGGUUUAGACGAAUCUUGCGUUAAAGAUCCCGAUUUCGUAGAAUACUUUUCAGGGAACAAACUUCUAACUGGUUCCGAAAUUGCUGCUCAUAGUUAUUGUGGACACCAAUAUGGUUUUUUCUCAGGUCAACUAGGCGAUGGGGCAACAGUCUAUGUUGGGGAGAUUGACAACAAUGGACAAACGGUGGAAUUGCAAUUAAAAGGAUGUGGUCGAACACCCUUUAGUAGAGCUGGUGCUGAUGGCAGGAAGGUACUAAGAAGUACUGUAAGAGAGUUCCUUGCAAGUGAGGCAAUGCACUUUCUCGGUAUACCAACAACUAGAGCUGCAACUUGCAUCACAUCUGGAACGUUUGUUGAUAGAGAUGUAAGCUACGAUGGUAAUCCUAUUAAGGAAAGAGUAUCUAUUUUGGGAAGAUUUGCUCCAACGUUUCUUAGAAUUGGUUCCUUACAAAUUUGCGAUCCAGCAGAUGAGGAAACGAAAGCACAUGGACCAUCUUGGGAAACCCCUCACUUAAUUGAAAACAUUUGCAAUUAUACAAUUGAUAAUUUUUACCCCCAGUUAGCUGGUCCAACUAUUGAUCAACGAUAUAAGGAAUUUUUUAAUGCCGUUCUUUAUUCUUCUGCCAAAUUGGUCUCUCAAUGGCAAUCAGUAGGGUUUUGUCACGGAACUAAUAAUACGGAUAACGUCAGUCUGGUCGGAGUAACACUUGAUUAUGGUCCUUUCGCUUUCCUAGAAGAAUAUGAUCCAGAUCAUAUAUGCAAUGCUUCAGAUCACUGGGCUUUGUUUAAAUUUGAUAAGCAGCCAGAAAUGAUGAAGUGGUCAAUACAGAAAUUAGCUAAUUCCAUGUCAUCACUCUUUACUACUGAAAACUCUUCAAUUAAGAUUGAUAUGUUUGAUGAAGUAUAUAAAGCAGAAUAUAGGAAAAUCAUGUUUAAAAAGCUGGGUCUUUUCAAAAAUGAAUCAAAGGAUGAUGAAUUAUUGGAAAGUUUAUUAAAAGUUAUGUAUAUUACAGGAGCAGAUUAUUCAAAAACUUUCAGAAUUCUCUGUGAAAUUUCGGCAUCGUCUAGCAAAGAUGAAGAAGUUAAUUUAAUUGACAGAAUUUUAUCUCUCUGCGCUGAUUCAACAACAAUGAAACACAUAUAUAGAAAGAAAGAAACAUCGAGUUCUGAGGCUAUUGUUCGAUCUAUGUGGAUACUUCAAACUCGUCCUGAUCUUGUUGAUAAAUAUGUAAAAAAGGCUGAACAAGCAACGCUACAACUUAAUAACAGACAGAUUGUUAGAGACGUUCACAACAUAGCGAAUGAUUCCAAAAAACAACGUGACCUUAUCAUGUGGAAAGAAUGGGUGUCAAAUUAUAGAGAGAGACUGAAGAGUGAGACUGUGUCUUCAGAAGAAAGGUCAAUAUUGAUGAAAAACAUAAACCCCAGAUUUAUUCUAAAGAAUUAUAUUCUUCAACGUGUGAUUGAAGAGACUGAAAAAGGAAACUAUGAUGACGUUAAUACGGUUCUGGAGCUAAUUUCUCAUCCGUAUGACGAUUAUCCUCACAAUUUCUGCAGCAAUAAGAGUCUUGGACAGAAGUACGUUGCUUUAUACGACAAGGGAAGACCACGUAUUGAACUAAAAAGAAAAAUUACGUGA